AAACAAAGAGCUAUUAUCAAAGUUAUUGCGUAAAAAUUUAUGACGUUUUCCAAACGUGACGAUGAUCGAAGUAAUCUUAUCACAAGCAAGUUGUAUUAUGAAAAUUUAGUACCUAAUUAGAACACAAGCCAUCAAGCCAUAGUCGGAAGAUGAAGAUAAAUCAACAAGUGGAUGAAUAAAGUGAAGUUUUUUUAGGUUAUGUUGUGAUGAAGUCUCAAACAUCUUUAUAUCUUUAAUAAUUUCAACGUAGUUAGAGUAAUAUUCUUCUUAAUAAAAUUGUUUUGUUUUUCAUAAAGUUUAUAUUAGUGAAAAAUGAUUUCAUCCGUUACUUAUCGUUCAAAUUUCAUUAAGAAAAUCAACGUACUUCAAAAACAUCACAUCUUACAACAAUUGGCCAAUACAUCUCAUACUGAUGCUAAUCAAACUUUCAAAGUUAAACAGCGAAUUGAUGAUUUGAAGAAAGCAGCUCUUCUUGGUGGUGGAUUGAAAAGAAUUGAAGCUCAGCACAAAAAGGGUAAGUUGACUGCGAGAGAACGAAUCAAUUUGCUCUGUGAUCCAGACUCCUUUACUGAAUAUGAUAUGCUUAUGGAACAUACGUGUUCAGACUUUGGCAUGGAAAAACAGAAGUUUCCUGGGGACUCCGUCAUAACUGGUCACGGCUUAGUCAAUGGACGAAGUAUAUUUCUGUUCAGCCAGGACUUUACAGUCUUUGGAGGCAGUUUAUCUCUAGCGCAUGCAAAGAAAAUUUGUAAGGUUAUGGAUAAAGCAAUGACUGUUGGAGCACCUGUGGUUGGACUCAAUGAUUCUGGAGGAGCUCGUAUCCAGGAAGGGGUUGAUGCUCUAGGUGGCUAUGCCGAUAUCUUCCAAAGAAAUGUUCUAGCUUCCGGAGUCAUACCCCAGAUUUCCAUGAUAAUGGGACCAUGCGCUGGUGGUGCGGUGUAUUCUCCAGCCAUCACUGAUUUCACAUUUAUGGUGAAAAACACAUCAUAUCUCUUCAUAACAGGACCUGAUGUAGUCAAGGCCACAACAAAUGAAGAAAUUUCUCAAGAGGAGUUGGGAGGCUCGAAUGCUCACAUGAGUAUAUCAGGUGUGGCUCACAACGCGUUCGAGAAUGAUGUGGAUGCGUUGCUUCGGCUGCGUGAUUUUCUUGGAUUUCUUCCUCUCAGCAACCAGGAAUCGGCUCCAGUGAGAGUAUGUCACGAUGAUAGUAACAGGGAUGCUCCGGCCCUGGAUCACAUAGUUCCGCCCGACUCGACAGCCGCCUACGACAUGAUGGACGUCAUCCUCAGUCUGGUCGACGAUCGCGACUUCUUCGAGAUUCACCCCAAGUACGCCACCAACAUCAUCGUCGGGUUCUCCCGGAUGAAUGGACGCACCGUCGGAUUUGUCGCCAAUCAACCGAAAGUUGCUGCUGGUUGCUUGGACAUUAACGCAUCUGUGAAGGCAGCACGCUUUGUGCGCUUCUGUGACGCUUUCAACAUUCCUCUAGUAGUGCUAGUCGAUGUGCCCGGAUUCCUGCCCGGCCUCAGUCAAGAGCAUGGCGGCAUUAUCCGUCAUGGCGCCAAACUCCUCUAUGCUUUCGCUGAAGCCACUGUUCCCAAAGUCACCAUUAUCACUCGCAAGGCUUAUGGCGGGGCGUAUGAUGUGAUGGCAUCAAAACACCUGAGGGGCGACUCGAAUUACUCGUGGCCGACUGGCGAGAUCGCUGUGAUGGGAUCCAAGGGAGCGGUCGCCAUUCUCUACAGGGGAAAAGACAAUCUGGCUCAGUAUGAAGCUGAGUAUAUCGAUAAAUUUCGCAGCCCUCUGUCUGCUGCUGUAAGAGGUUACAUAGAUGAUAUUAUUGAGCCUAGAACAACAAGAAGAAGGAUUUGUCAAGACCUGGAAAUGCUAUCAACCAAGAAACUUUCCAAUCCACCAAAGAAGCAUGGAAAUAUUCCAUUAUAAACACUAAAUUGGUGAUUCUGGAUUUUUUUAUUUCUCCGGAGACUUUUCAGACUAUCAAGUCUUGUACAGUUGUGAGAGAUAACUUGGAAAACAUAAUAUUAUAAUCUUCCAGGUAAACUGUGAGUUAAAAGCAGUUUAAAGAACUUAGAUUGAUUGGAGUUUUCACUUUUAAAGAGUAAAAUUCAGGGAAUCUUUUUAAUGAAUAAAGUGUAUAAUUGAAUCAGUAGCCUAAAUGAAUAUGGAAUGUGAUCUGUUUAUUAUACAUAUUUUCUAUCAAUUUGUUAGAGCAUUGAUUUAGAUCUAGCAUUGAAAGUCUGAUUGAUUUAUAUUUGAGUUAUAUAAAUUCUAUUUAUAUUUUAUAUGUUAUAUAAUUUAAUUUUAUAUAUUUGAAAUUAUAUUACAUUUUAUUAAAAUA